CCGAAGAGCCAGCUUGAUCUCACACGCUCAAACGCUUCACACUCCGACGUAGUAUUCUCAGAUAACCUCAUCAUGACUCAGUCAGACGUCCCCGCUACCGACCCCGCUGUCUAUGAUUCCUACCAGGCCAAAUGGUCUGCUCUGCCCGACACUGCUGAUGCCUGGCUGGCCCGGGCGCGUGAAGUCGCGCAGGUGCUGGGCCAGGAUGCAGCCCAACGCGACCAAGAAAACAAGUCGCCGCGGGCCGAGGUCGUCCUGCUCAAACAUUCCGGGUUGCUGAAGCUGCUGGGCCCGAAGAAGUACGGCGGAGGCGAGCAGCCGUGGGAUAUUGGAUACAAGGCCAUUCGCGAGGUCGCCAAGGGAGAUGGGUCCAUAGGCAUGCUCCUCGGCUAUCAUCUCCUCUGGUCCACCACGGCCAAUAUCGUGGGGACCCCCGAGCAAGCCGAGCGUAUCCAGGAGUGGAUCAUCUCCAACAACUACUUCGUGGGCGGCGCGGUCAAUCCGCGGGACAGCGACCUCAAGAUCACCUCCGACGGCGAGGACAUUGUCUUCAAUGGCGCCAAGUUCUUCAACACCGGUGGAGUCGUCUCGGAUCUCACUGUCCUGGAAGGUGUCCUGGACAACACCGGCGAGCACAUCUUCGCUCUGGUCGAGACCCGACAACCGGGCAUUCAGUUCGCACACAACUGGCAUAACAUUGGUUUGCGCUUGACCGAGUCCGGUGGUGUGAAGAUUGAGAAUGUUCGCGUACCCUGGGCUGAUGCCCUGGGUUGGGAUACGGCCUCCAAGACACCGCGCGACGAUGUCCUGAAGGUGCCUUUCGCCAGUCUCUUACUGCCAACCAUCCAACUCGUCUUCAGCAACUUCUACCUGGGAAUCGCUCAAGGCGCCCUCGACUUCGCAUCCAAGUACACCGUGACCUCGACUCGCGCGUGGCCGUUUGGCGGUGACAACAAAGACUCUCCCACGGAAGAAUUCUAUAUUCUGGAGCGAUACGGCAACUUCUUCGCGCAUCUCCGAGCCGCGGAGGCAUUGGCCGACCGGGCAGGAAACGAGCUGGCCACACUAUACAGCCAGCACUCGGACAAUCGCCCCGGGUUGACCAGUCAACAACGAGGGGAGGUAGCCGAGUGGAUUGCCAGUGUCAAGGUAGUGACCACCGAUGUCGGGCUCAGAGUCACAUCGGGGGUCUUCGAGGUGACUGGCGCCCGAGCCACGUCCCUCAAGGUGGGAUUGGACCGGUUCUGGCGGGAUAUUCGCACGCAUACGCUGCAUGACCCGGUGGCGUACAAGAAUCGGGAGCUGGGGCGGUAUGCCCUGCUGGGCGAGGUGCCGGAGCCUAGCUGGUAUACCUAGGUUG